UGGCGGAGGAACCGAAUCGCCUUGUCCUCGGGGUUCGCCGGCGGAAUUGACUCACGGAGAAGGGAGGGGCCCUCCAGUGAGGGCGUUCCUUCCCGAGCCUUCGAUUGGCGCUCGACAGUGUCAAUCUUAUGAUUGGCACUGCGGGGGGGACGGGCACGGGCCGGCUCUGCGCGCGGCGAUUGGCGAGCGGGAGGGAGGCGGGAGCAUCGGCGCGCGGCGAUUGGCGGACAGAACGCUCCUCCCUCCCCCGCGGAGGCGGGGCCGGGCGCAGAGCGCCGCGCUCCUGUCUGUGUGGGAGCGGCGCUGUGGGGUGCGGGUAGUUGCGCUCCCUCCUCCGGCCGCGGCCUUUUUCUCUUUCUUUCCCCGUUCCUUUCGCUCUCCUCCCGGGCUCAGCAGCGAAGCGUGAUGGGGGCGGCCGCCUUUUGCCCUCCCUUCGCCGGCCCCGCUGCCUUUCCCAGCCGCUGACAGGGCCGGCGGCCCCCCGCGGCCUUCGGACGCCCCCAGAAGACGCCAGCAAGAAGGUAAACUUGGAAGGAUUCUGACCCCUUCACUUUUAAUUUCUCGACUGCACUACUAGCAACCAGAAUGUCGGGGGCUUCUGUGAAGGUGGCUGUUCGGGUCCGGCCCUUCAACUCCCGAGAAACCAGCAAAGAAUCCAAAUGUAUCAUCCAGAUGCAAGGCAAUUCAACCAGUAUUAUCAACCCAAAGAAUCCUAAGGAAGCGCCAAAGUCCUUCAGCUUUGACUACUCUUAUUGGUCCCACACAUCGCCUGAAGAUCCCUGUUUUGCAUCACAGAGCCGUGUGUACAAUGAUAUUGGAAAGGAGAUGUUGCUGCAUGCCUUUGAGGGCUACAAUGUGUGCAUUUUUGCCUAUGGACAAACCGGAGCUGGGAAAUCCUACACAAUGAUGGGCAAGCAGGAGGAGAGCCAAGCAGGGAUAAUCCCCCAGCUAUGUGAAGAACUGUUUGAGAAAAUCAAUGACAACAGCAAUGAAGAAAUGUCAUAUUCUGUAGAGGUGAGUUACAUGGAGAUUUACUGUGAAAGAGUCCGAGACUUGUUGAACCCGAAGAACAAAGGGAAUUUGCGGGUGCGAGAACAUCCUCUGCUUGGACCAUAUGUGGAAGAUCUGUCCAAGUUGGCAGUCACGUCUUACACAGACAUUGCAGACCUCAUGGAUGCUGGAAACAAAGCCAGGACUGUGGCAGCUACCAACAUGAAUGAAACUAGUAGCCGCUCUCAUGCCGUGUUUACAAUUGUCUUUACUCAGAAGAAACAUGAUGCAGAAACUGAUCUUUCCACGGAGAAGGUCAGCAAGAUUAGCCUCGUGGAUCUAGCUGGGAGUGAGCGAGCUGAUUCAACUGGUGCCAAAGGAACCCGAUUAAAGGAAGGAGCAAAUAUAAACAAGUCUCUCACAACUCUGGGUAAAGUUAUUUCAGCAUUGGCAGAAGUGAGUAAAAAGAAGAAGAAGACAGACUUCAUACCAUACAGAGAUUCUGUACUAACAUGGCUUCUUCGAGAAAAUCUAGGUGGUAACUCCCGAACUGCUAUGGUUGCUGCUUUGAGUCCAGCGGAUAUCAACUAUGAUGAAACUUUGAGCACUUUAAGGUAUGCUGAUCGUGCAAAACAGAUUAAAUGUAAUGCUGUUAUCAAUGAAGAUCCCAAUGCCAAGCUGGUGCGUGAGCUGAAGGAGGAGGUGACAAGGCUUAAGGAUCUGCUGCGAGCCCAGGGGCUUGGAGAUAUUAUUGACACCUCCAUGGGGUCCCUCACUGCAUCUCCAUCCUCCUGCUCUCUCAGUAGUCAGGUGGGCUUAACAUCUGUGUCCAGUAUACAGGAAAGGAUCAUGUCAACACCUGGAGGAGAAGAGGCAAUUGAACGGUUGAAGGAAUCUGAGAAGAUCAUUGCAGAGCUGAAUGAAACAUGGGAAGAGAAGCUGAGGAAAACAGAGGCCAUUAGGAUGGAAAGGGAGGCGUUGUUGGCAGAAAUGGGAGUUGCCAUUCGUGAAGAUGGAGGAACGCUGGGAGUCUUCUCACCUAAAAAGACUCCUCAUCUUGUAAACCUUAAUGAAGAUCCACUCAUGUCUGAAUGUCUGCUCUACUACAUCAAAGAUGGUAUUACUAGGGUUGGCCAAGCUGAUGCUGAGCGAAGGCAGGAUAUUGUUUUGAGUGGGGCUCAUAUCAAAGAAGAGCACUGUAUCUUCCGGAGUGAGAGGAACAACAAUGGUGAAGUUAUUGUUACUCUGGAGCCCUGUGAAAGAUCAGAAACCUAUGUUAAUGGCAAGAGGGUUGUGCAGCCUGUGCAGUUGCGCUCAGGAAAUCGUAUCAUCAUGGGUAAGAACCAUGUCUUCCGAUUCAACCAUCCAGAGCAAGCACGAGCAGAAAGAGAGAAAACACCAUCAGCUGAGACUCCCUCUGAGCCAGUUGACUGGACUUUUGCUCAGAGGGAGCUUCUGGAGAAGCAGGGCAUUGACAUGAAGCAGGAGAUGGAGAAAAGAUUACAAGAAAUGGAGAUCUUGUAUAAGAAGGAAAAAGAGGAAGCAGAUCUCUUGUUGGAGCAGCAAAGGCUGGAUGCAGACUCUGAUAGUGGGGAUGAUUCGGACAAGAGAUCGUGUGAGGAGAGUUGGAGACUGAUCACUUCCCUGAGAGAGAAGCUGCCCCCCAGCAAGCUCCAAACCAUUGUAAAAAAGUGUGGCCUCCCCAGCAGUGGGAAGAAACGAGAGCCUAUUAAAAUGUACCAGAUACCCCAACGCCGACGCCUUAGCAAAGACUCCAAGUGGGUUACCAUCUCAGACUUAAAGAUCCAGGCUGUGAAAGAGAUAUGCUAUGAGGUAGCACUCAAUGACUUCAGGCACACUAGACAGGAGAUUGAGGCUCUGGCCAUUGUUAAAAUGAAGGAGCUUUGUGCCAUGUAUGGGAAAAAAGAUCCGAAUGAGCGUGAAUCGUGGCGAGCUGUUGCCCGUGAUGUCUGGGAUACGGUAGGAGUUGGAGAUGAGAAAAUUGAAGAUGUUAUGGGCAACGGCAAAGGAGUAACUGAUGUGGAUGACCUGAAGGUGCAUAUAGACAAAUUGGAAGAUAUCUUGCAAGAAGUGAAGAAGCAGAACAACAUGAAGGAUGAGGAGAUAAAAGUUCUUAGAAAUAAGAUGCUAAAAAUGGAGAAGGUUUUGCCUCUGAUAGGGUCUUCAGAGAAAGCUCAGUCAACCACAGCUAAUGAUAAGUCUCCAAACUCUGACAGUGUAGCGGAUGUGGAUAAGAAGCCCACAGGCGAAUUAAAAAGAAGUGAGAAUGAUGAUCUUGCUAAAGAGGAGCGUGUUUCUCAGUUAAUGGCAGGUGAUCCAGCUUUCCGACGUGGGAGAUUACGUUGGAUGAGGCAAGAACAGAUUCGAUUUAAAAAUCUGCAGCAGCAGGAAAUAGCAAAACAGCUUCGUCGACAAAAUAUGCCUCACCGAUUUAUCCCGCCUGAAAAUCGUAAGCCACGGUUUCCUUUCAAAAGCAACCCCAAGCAUAGAAACUCAUGGAGUCCGGGCACUCACAUAAUUAUCACAGAGGAUGAAGUUAUUGAGGUUAGAAUUCCAAAAGAUGAUGAUAAGAACAAAGAUGAAAGCAAAGAAAAAGAAAGCAGAGCUGCCCCUAAGGACCCUCAGCAGCUGUGGAAUCUUUAUGGCCCCCAGAGGAAUCAAGAUAAUAUCCAAAUUAACAGGCAGCAGCUAAACACUCAGGCCCAGCCUAGCAAUCAUCAGCAGCAACCCCAGUUGCGUUGGAGAAGCAAUUCUCUCAACAACGGCUCUCAAAAAACCUUGCGGCGGCAGGCAUCAGGCUCGUCUGAAUCGUUGCACUCGUACAGUGGGCAGCAGAACCCAGACCUGCAGACUUUCCAGCAAAAGCGCCACAUCCACCAGCACCGGCAGCCUUACUGCAAUCAUAGCACUGGCGGCAGUGCAGAAGGCAGUACAGCAAACUCCCACCCGAAACAGACUGACCGGCUUAACCACUAUAACCAGUUUGUGACGCCCCCACGGAUGAGGCGCCAGUUCUCAGCACCUAACCUCAAAGCGGGCAGAGAAACUACCGUAUGAUUAGUUGGCCAAGGCUAGUCUCGGGGAGGAGGGAAGCAGGGGCAAUGCUGGCUUCUUAAGAAACAGCCAGGAUUGGCUUUGCUUAUGUCUUGGGUUUGGCCAGGUAGAACUUGAGUAAUUCGGCACAAGGUACCGGUGCUUCAGCCCGUUCAGUUUGCAUGUGACUUUUGGUGCAGUUGUAACAACCCCGAUUGGAAGAACACUGACAAAUUUUAAGAACUUUCGUCAUAGAUUAGAAGAUUUGGAGGGAGGGUUGUGGAGGGGAGAACUUCUCUGCUAGCUCAUUUACCAAUUUUUUUGUGUGUCUUGGAGUAUUUUUCUAAUGUUGAAAAUAUUGUCUGGAACUCACCAAGUGCUACCUUCCUCCUGUGUUUUUAUGUAGACAAUCAAAAAAGGAAUUUAGUUUAUAGCAUUGAAUGUUUCUUGUGCCUUUUUUUUUUUUUUUUUUUUUUUUAGAAAUAAGGAAACUGACCAUCUGUUUUUAAAUCGAUCUGGCUCUUCAGUACAAUAUUUUCCACUCUUAACCCAAAUUCUCCAUAAUCUGUAAAUGAAAUGUUGGCUGACAAGAUAAUGUGGCUUUUUGUAUAGAGAAAUUAAGAAGAGCUAUUGGGCCACAAUCCUACUACCUGAGUAGGAAAUGUCUUCUGUCCUUCUGCUUAAGUUCAUAAUUAUUGGUAUGAAAUUGCUGUGACAGUUAAACUUGCCUGAAUGGAAUUUGAUGUCAGGAUAUAUAUGUUUGAAGCAAUAUGUUGGAAAUGAGUUUUUUCUAAUUCUGAUUGCAUCUCUAAGUAUAAUAGUUCUUAAUUAUUAUACGGAGAUUGCAGAAAGGAACCGAGAUUUUUUUAAUACUCUGGUGCAGGAAGAAGCCUCAAAGAGCUAGUUCUUAUUUUGUUUUCAGCUUUCUCAGGCUGUAAGUCUGGGAGGUAGUUAUUCUUACGAAGAUUUAUCAAUCGCUACUUUGAAUUGGCUGGGGUAAAGAUAGGUUAAUUGAACUGUUUCAUCUUAAUGUGAUACCUCAUGUUAGUGUUUCUGGUCUUGGAUUAUACCCAUGUUUCCAGACUUUUUUUAAUAAAGGAGAAGGUCACAUUUAGGAAAAAAUAAGAUGAUUUUUCCUUCUCCCCAUGCAAGUAAGAAUUUUUAAUAUCUAUUCUGAUCUGAGGUGUCUGUACUUGCAAGUGAUUUGCCAUAAAACAAAUGCUUGCAAUCCCUACUUCAGAUUCUUUUAAACAAAUUACACGAAAAAUACUGAUUAAGCAAUAAUCUUUUUAUGAAUUUGGUGUUUCGUCUCAAUUGGAGAGUCCCAUUUUUGAUUAUAGACCUUUCCUUCUGAGUUUCUUAAGGUGCAAAACAAAAUUGAGCGUACUUCUAAAAAUCUGUGGACAUAAGCAUAAGCCAAUCUAAAGCUCUGAGGAGAACUUACUUUUGCUGUUAAGUUUAACUUGAAUAAAAUUUUAAAAGCGAACUUGGAUACUAUACCAGAUUUGGUGAGAUUGGUCCACUUUGCAGUGCAUUUGUACAGUUAAGUGACUUGUGCUCUUUUGCACAAAUAUCCUUGAUUUACUUGAGGUUGCUUAUUUUUGAUUAAAAUACAAGCCCUACUGGUAAUUGUUACUUCUGCAUGUUUCAACAUAGCUGUAGAUAAGUAGAAAAUGCCUCAUGCUUACCUUCCAUCUUAUUUUUAUUUCUUGUCCUACUUUUUUUCCCCUUUCCCAAUUGUGCAUGGUAUAGGCGCUGGUUGCAACACAUGGUAAGUGGCAGCCAUGCACCAUUUAUGUAUAGUUUAAUCAAGUGUUACCACUGCAGCCUCUGCACAUGCCUUACUGAUAGAAUACUGGCCCUCGGAUAUAGGAGAUCCAAAGUCUGACUGUCCUAGUAGAAUCAGUUAGUCCUACCAUUUAGGACUUGUUUUACGGAAGGUUUAAUUCAUUUGUCCACCUAUGGCUUUGCAAUUUGCAUUUGUCUCAUGUUUGGCCUAUGUGAACAAAGGAAAUAGAACAUGGCCAAAAAGCCUUGAUAUUUUUCAAAAAAAAAAAAAAAAAAAAAAAAGGAAGCCUUGUAGAUGAGCAAUACUUAGUUUGAGCCUGAGUCAAAAUUGCUAAAUGAGAUUUUAGGCUGCAAAUACUGUUGUCCUGGUGCCUUUCUUUUGAGAAUUCUGUUUUAUGAGUGCAUUGCACUUUACCCUUGACAUGCAAUGAGUUCUCUUUCAUAACCUCAGAAAGGCUUGGGCUCUCUUACAAAUGUAUGCUCUGGAAAAUCCUCUUAGCUCUGUAGAAUACCUGAGCCAAAGAGGUAGUGGUCGGCGUUAGGGGUAGGCGGUGAGAGAAGAACAAGUCAGGAUUCUGUUGUCCCAUUUAUUUGUUGAGGAUUGUGGCUGCCACAAAAUCACGACACAAUUUCAAGUCCAUGCAAGUACAUGUACUGACAGGAGAUUAAAAAUAGAUCCUGCUCUUCCAUGUUUAAAUGCUAAAUUCUAAAAAGUUUUUCCCCAACUUACUUCAGCAUAAAAUGCUGAAAAAAAAUACCCAUAAAUGGUUUGGAUGGUGGUGAUGAUGAACAAUAGGUGGUCAUCAAUCUGUUACCCCCCUGUUUUAGUGCAGCACUAGAAAAACAACCUCGCUCAUUUUGCUGGAUGGUUUGACAUACCAUUCCUUUGAAAAAGGAGUAGUCAUUGACAGAAGGAGUCCAGCCUGCUCAGAGAAGCAGCUUUCUUCCUGGGCUUCAGGGAGGUUAUUACAAAAAUGAAACUUGGGAAGAAAUCUUUUAAAAUAAUCAGCCACUUUUAGAAUGUAGUGCCUUGUCUUAGAAGGGAAAGUGUGAGAACUCAUGGAUCUCCUUGCAGUAUUCAGAAAUAUGCACACCUCUCACUUCAAAUCCUGCAUUAAUGGGGCUAAUGAACACUAAUACAGCUGCUUUCAUAGAAGACUGUGGAAAAGGCUUUCAGGUUAAUGGAAAUGUGGCAUCCGUGAUGGGAGUGCUGUUUUAGUGAGCUUAAUUGCCAUUGCUAAGUGCUGAUGUGCUGUGUGCUUUGACAGCUGGCUUGUAUCCACCUGUGCCUUAGUGAUGAUUGAUUAAAUGUCCUUUAAGACACACUAGGGACAUGUGGAUUUGGGGGUUGGGUGGGGAAAUGCAUGACACUAACUCUCCUCUGAUUGACUUCAAUGUCCUUUCUGACACAAUCUUGGGGAUCUGUCAAACUAGAGGAUGCUAUUUUUAUCAGUGCGUUCAGCAUAGUUUCAAUAACACUCACUGUUUGUUCUUUAUUCUUUAUAUGUUAGAGGUUUGUCCUUUAUCCUUUAUAUGUUGACAUUUGACUGAUACUUCCCUUUGAACCACUUCAGGAGCUGCCAAAUGAGAAUUCUAUGCUGUGUGCCCAUUUGUACUGUAAAGAAAGCAGUGAGAUGCCUUUGAAUUACAUGGGAUUUUCAGAUCUGUCCAUUGUUUAAGAAAAUAUAAGUUUUGAAUUGUCUUAAGAGCAAGCAUCUGCCUCGUGAAAAGCAGAACUGGUUUGUAUUGUAACAAGUGCUCUUUCAAUAAACUAUGAAAUACUCUUGUAA